CCGAGGGACCGGGGUGGCCUACCCUUCUAUGGCCUGCGUCCGUCCUCCUGGGGGCGCCGCCCUCCAGCCUCCUCAGGCACUGCGUCCGCGAGGAACCAACGCGCGAGGCACCGGGCAAGGCCCCGAGCGAGUCCUUCAGGAAUCAGAGCGAACCGAGCGCCGGAGGUCGCGACUCCCCUGUCCCGAACUCGGCCGGUGCGAGUGGCUGCAUUUGAACAAAACGGCCUUCGCGGGCCGCCGCUGCCGCAGCCCCGGGGCUCCGGAGGGCACUGUUCCCGACACCAUCCUCUGGUGCCAGCAGGGAGGCGGCUGCCGCGUCUCCUUCCCCAAAGCCCCGAGAAACAUCCAUCCUGUGAGAGACGAUGCUCAAGGUAUCAGGAAAACCAUCCCCUGGAACAUCUGACUUGUAAUUCGAGCUUGAGUUAUUGACGACAAUCAAGGGGGCAAGCAUGCUGCACUCCUCAAGUGAACUGGAGUUUUCGGACGAAAAUACGGAGGGAAUCUCCCAACUUGCUUCCCUGGAGCUGUCAGAGGUGGCAGCAUCCAGAGCAAAAAGCGCAUGUGUAGCUGAAAAACCUGGCUAUCCGGACUCGGUUUACGUAAUGGCAGCUAACAUUUUCCAGGGUAUUCGAAUCGAGAAGUCACCAGAGAUCUUAAUAAAAUAUGGGAAUGAACCCUUGCCAUCCUUGUCCGAGUCUGAGGAUGAAACCUUUCAGCGUUUGUCCUAUGAGCUGGCUUUCAGUGCCCUGAAGUAUCAAAAUAUUUUGGAAACUAUGUUAAUAGACAGCUAUAUCUUUCCAAGUACCACAAUACCAGAUCAUUUGAACAGUCUUAUUAUUGUGAUGCUGUAUGAUUUCCAAGAUAGAAAAUUUGAAGCUCGUCUCCUUUCUGAUAAUGAAGACACCAUAUCAGAAGUUCAAGAAGUAGAGAACCUUCUUACUAGUUUUAAGACAAAAUUGGCUGCAGCAUUAGCAAGAUAUCGAAUCAAACAUGAUGCCCUCUCUAUUUACCACAUUCUACCAGAAACAGUUAGAAAACAGGAACUAAGGGCCUCCACUUUGCCACUAUAUGCUUGGAUAAAUACUUGUAAAGUCAGCCCUGAAGAAGUUUAUAAUAAUUUGAAGAGAAAAGGCUAUAGUAAAGUCAAAUCUGUAUUGCAUAUUGAUGAUAAAGUCUUUGCUGUGGACCAACAUUGCUAUGAUGUCUUAAUUUUUCCAUCUCAUCUUAAAAGUGAUCUUCUAAGAAUAGAUCUUUUCAAAGAUUAUAAACUUAUAUUUCAGGACAAAUCUCGAAGUCUUGCUGUCCAUUCUGUGAAGGCUUUAUUGAAUAUGGAUGAUGAUAUCUUAAUGGUCAAUACAGGUUCAUGGUACACAGUUGCCCAUAUGUCAAUCUUAACAAAUAAUAAUACUUCAAAAAUAUUUGUGUGUGGAGUAAAAUCAAAAGCUAAGGAUCCUGACCUGAAGAACCUUUUCACAAAAAUGGGAUGUAAAAAUAUUGAAAUACUUCAUGAAACAUUUAUUAACAUAGAAUCAAAGGAUCAUAGGUUACAGAAAGUUAAAGUGAUUCUGCUGCUACCACGUUGUUCGGGACUGGGUGUUAGUAAUCCAGUAGAAUUUAUUUUAAAUGAACAUGAAGAUACAGAUUUACUUAAAGAUCUCUCUCAAGGAGGCACAUCAGAAGAUAAACUUCAUGAUCUUGCUCAACAUCAGUAUGAACAGCUAACACAUGCAAUGAAAUUUACUAAAGCUCAAGCAAUUGUUUACUGUACAUGUUCAGUUUAUCCAGAAGAAAAUGAAAUUGUUGUUAAAAAAGCACUGGAAUUUCAAGACCUUGGGAUUAAAGUACAACCUUAUAGGCUUAGUCCUCCUGUUCUUCCAUUGUGCUCCUUAAAGGAAAUACAUUUGAGUACUGACAAAGUUUUCAGAAUGGAACCAUCUGAAAUCACCAAUGGUUGUUUUCUUUCUAUUCUAACAAGGGAGCGGGACCCAUCUGAGACAGUGUCAGUGAAAGAUGUUUUGGCCCGUGCUGCUGCGAAGGGGCUGCUGGAUGGCAUCGAGUUGGGUAAAUCACCAAAACGGGAGAAGAAGAAGAAGAUGAUGAAAUCAAAAACGACGUUGCCAAAAACUUCCAAUAACGAUAAUAAUGGCAUCCAAACAAAAAUUGCUGAGUUCCUGAAUCGAGAAACCAAAGCAAAUGCUAAUAGAUCAGAGACAUUAGCAAAGACUCCUCUUCCACAGAAAAAUACAACUCAAGCAGGUGCUCCCUCACAGAUCAGAAAACCCAGCAAGCCCGCCACCAAUCCUUUGGUGCCUACGUUUAUGAAGAACACAUCUACCUCCAGACCAUAUGAACGGCCGACAAACUUUAUAAGACAUCGACCAGAAGACAAAAUGGUGGCACUGAAACCUGUAGAAAUUGUUUUGCCUCCUGUAAUGUUGCCAUUUUCAAGCCCCCAAGGGCUCAGAUCUCAGAUACCGAAUCAAUAUUUUUACUGUCGUUGGGUUGCACCCAAGAAUGUUGUGCCCAGCUGCUUUCCCACACCAUCAGUAUCCAGAAGAGGGGAAAAGCCUAAAGAAAACUUACCUUUCUCCCUACUCAGGCGUCCUCGACCAUGGCUUUGAUCAUCUUGUGUUUUUCACAGGGGCCGAGAGCAGUUGAUUUUUUUUUUCCCAAGUCCAACAUUUCCCUGAAGGUUAAACAUUCCUAUACAAGAUAUUCAAGACGGCCCACUUAGUGUCUUCUAAAUGGGAUAUUAUCUUCAGAGAAUUUAGACAAGUGAGAAACAAUAAUGUAAGAGAUUAAGCAAAGCAGUGCUUAGAGAUUUUGACAGCUCACUGCUAAUCUGCUUUAGGAUGUCUCAGUAUCAGCUGUUAGUACUUGUCUCACUUUUGUUAGCUAGUCUAGAUUUAGGAUACCAGUUUUUAAAAAAAGAUGCAACAACUUUUCCUGAAGACACACUUCCUGCCUUAUAACAGGCUUCUUUUCAAAUGUAACUUGUGAGGCAAUUAUAAAGUAUAGCUAUGGAGAAAAUGCUGGCCCUCUCCCACCAACUUUAGAUUGCUGUUCAGCAUCCAGUCAAUUGCAGUUUAACAAGACAUUUUCAAUCACUAUCAAGGUUGAUUUUUUUACAAAUCAAAGUAUUCUUUAAACAGGGCAUGAUGUGCGUUUUUGUGAUGUGAUUGAGGUUGAGUAUUAAUAGGAAGAACAGGAAGUUCUUAAAUGCCAGGUAUAUGUAGCUAAAUGUCCAUUUAGAGUGAAAAUUGCGUCUCACUCUGGAAGAGCUCCCAUGAUCUUGAGUUGGAAGGUAAUCCCUUCUGAUCAAAUACUUGUAAAAGAUGUCUGUAAGCAAAUUUCAUCAAAAUAUUAAUAAUUCCGAGGAAGAGGCAAAAGUGUUGAGUACAAGUGACACCUAUUGUUGAAGAAACCCAGAAGAAAUUUCUGAUUCUAUUGAAACAUCUACAAGUCAUUACACAUUGCAAACAGUAAUCAAACUUUGGUAAUCACUUCUGAUGCACAAUCUAUUAAAAUAUACUGUAGCACUAUGUUUUUUUAAAUUUUAUUAAAAGUCAAUUCAUCUUGAAUGUAUUAUCAAUUGCCUACCAAAUUUGGUAUGAUUAUCAUUUCUGGGUCUACUGAUUUUAUCAUCAUGGCAACAGAAAUUGUUUGACACUAAUUCAUAUGUUACAAUUAUAAACUGUAAUGUUUAAAAAAUGUUCAUAAACAUAUUCAUAAAGUACAAAUUUAAAGUUCUAUUUUCAGAAUUCAGUUGUGUUGGUGUUAUGCAAAUUCAUAACUGGUAAAUUCAGAUGGUAUGAUUUUAGAAUAUUAUCGUCUUCAAAUUGAACAUGUAGAUCUGUUUUAGCCCUAACAGUCUAUUCAUUUUCUCACCUUGAAAUGAAGAUAAAGAAUGGCAAAUUUUUUUUGGUGAGUUUCAUUUUAGUAGUAAUAUUUUAUUAUAGCUAAAUAUUUACAUUUAUGGAUAAAAUGUGUUAGUGAAGAAACUUUUUGUACUUGAACCAGGCUUAUUAUUUUAAAUCCCCAAAUACAACUUCUCAUGUUAAUUAUGACUUUACAGAAAUAUUUUAAAUGCUUAUCUUAUUUUACUAUUUUCAGAAAUCAAAACUAUAGAUGUCUUUGCCCUAAAAGUUAUAGUAUGUGUUUCAUUCUCUUACUCCCCAGCAGGUCUCUAGCUGGUUUAAGGUGUUCCAUGCUUCUAGGUCAGUGCAGCUUAAUUUAACAUUGUUCAGUAAAGAGCUGAUGAUACUUUAUCCCAGAUAAAUUUUAUCCCUUUCUUUCCCCACCCCCACACUCCCAUCCCCUGCCCCAGGUUGAAGUACUCCAUUGCUCAAAACAAGCAAGUCUGACUUUUUCGCAAGUAUAUUUUCUGUGAUACAUUAUAAAGUGAAAACUCUCAUUGUUACAAAAUAGUUCAGGAUAUUUUUCUAAUCCCUAUAGCAGCAUAUGGUUGCUGUCAUGUGACAAUUUGUAGUAUCUCAUAAAAUGCACCUUGGCACUAAAUUAUUUUUCUCUUUAGAUUCUGAAUUAAACCAUUUGCUAAUUAAGCCUCCAGGUUUUUUCUUUGGUUUUUUUUUUGACAAUCAAUUACUCAAAUUCUGUGGUGGAGUAAAAAGAAAAAUACUUUUUACUUCUAAUGAAGAAUAUUGCUUAAACAGAACUUUGCAUUUUAGUUUUCUUGAGCUUAGAGAAGAGUGCUGCAAAAAUCUAAAAUAAUGGAAUUACUGAUAAUUCUGAAAAUCCACGAGUAACUUCAGAUUAACUAUUUUCCACUAUAAUACCUGAAACCAAAAUGAAAUUUUGUUCACCUAUUAUUUUCUUGAGUUACUGCCUUGAUAGAGUUAGAGGUAAACAAAUGGGGGAAAUGCAAGAUGAAUAAAAGAUGCAUACACACAUAAAUUCUUCUUCUAUGUAUUUCAGUUAAACUAAACCAGAUGAACCUGAUUUUUCUAGUUACCUUUUAUUUUGGAUUCAUGUUUUCUUUCUUUGGUGUCAGCUUCUUAAUGCUGAAAUAUAUUAAUCCUAGAAAGACUGUGAAAAAUGACGGUUGGGUGACUAAAUAGGCCUGUGUCCAGAAUGCCAGCUGUCCUUCCAGACCACCAAAUAAGGAGUGUUACGUAUUACUCAAAACUAUUUUAAACAGUUACUUUCUAGUUCUUACCAGGUGGAAAUAAGCAAUAAAUAAUCAAAGCAGAAUCUUAUAUUACUACACUGAUUUCUAAGAAGUCUACUUUGUGGGAAGAAUAAUUUAAAAAUAAAAUGGCUAAUGCUGACACUAAAUGUAU